ACAUCAUAUCCAUAUGUAUGAAGCGUUCAAGGAAAUUCUCGAGUUUUUCCUUGAUUUGUGAGGGAUUUCUCGUUAACUCUAUUUAACUUCACAAUUGCAAGGGAGGAUUCGAGACUACAGCAGCGCUCUGAAGAGGAUCUGGAAAUACAUGUAAAGAUAUAGGGAUCGUUUACAUUUCUGAUGGAUCGGGUGCAGUUUUACUCUCGUUAGCGUUUGCAUGCAACUUGUAUAUGGACUGCUUGUUCAAUGAUGACUAUGAGUUCUAUGACUGAUAGCUUGAUCGCCUCAGACCCGUCCAAAUCGGCCUUUUUGGAGUUCGGACACGGACUUUCAUCCCACCAGGAGCAUUCCCCCGCGCUGUCUCACAACCACUACCCCGUGCACGGCUUGCACUCGGGCGGGCACCCGCAGCACGAAGGCCCCUUCUCUCCCAGCGCUUCUUCUUAUAGCCGCUCGCUGGCGUACCCCUACCCCGGCUCGGUGAGCAGUCACCACCCGAGCGCUUACCUCUCCUACCAGCACAACAGCCACAGUAGCACUUUAGGACACACGAGGAUAGACGACCCAGAUCGCGAGAAGACGGUAAUCGAGAAUGGAGAGAUCAGACUGAAUGGCAAAGGAAAGAAGAUCCGGAAACCUCGAACGAUCUAUUCCAGUUUACAGCUUCAGGCUUUGAAUCAGAGAUUUCAGCAAACCCAGUACCUGGCACUGCCGGAGAGGGCCGAUCUGGCGGCUAAAUUGGGGGUUACCCAGACCCAGGUUAAGAUUUGGUUUCAAAACAAACGUUCCAAGUACAAGAAGAUUAUGAAGCAUGGCCCAAGCGGACCAGAAGGGGAGCAUCUGCACACCACCUCAUCCAUCUCGCCGUGUCCACCCAACAUCCCCCAUCUCUGGGAUGUCUCCAUGGCCAACAAAGGCGCGCCAAUACCCGCCAGUAGCUACAUGAACAAUUUUGGACACUGGUACCCAACGCACCACCAGGACAAUAUGCCAAGACCUCAAAUGAUGUGAUUUGGUUCAUAUGCUCCAAAAAGACUUUUUAAACAUAGAAAGAAAGAAAAAAAAAACAGAAAGCCCAACAGACAGAUUUCACGAGGCCUUACGGAUGACACGGUGUGUUAUUUUUUUAUUUUUAUUUUUUUGCUUACCUUAAAAUAUAUAUAUUUUAAUCUUGUAUGUUUUUUUUUAGUUAUAAGAAUGAAGUGGCCUUGCAAAAAAUAAGACUUGAUUUUUGUUUUUGAAAACUUUAUAAACCUUUUUGUCUUGUGUUUUUUUCCCCCCAUUAUUAUAAUUAUUGUUAUUGUUAUUUUUUUUUAAUAAAUCCCAAGAUUGGAAUAGACAUAACUAUUGGAUCGGGAUAAGGAAAACAAGCUUCUCACCUAUCAAAUUUUGCCUUUCAUGGAUUUGUAUGUUCUUAAUGAAACAUUGUUAAGGUUGGUUGAAAUAAUAUACCAAUGUUGUAUUGGUCUUUAUACAGAGCUUGCGUGUGUGCAGUUUCAAAUCAGCAUGUCUUGAAGUUUGAUAUUCUUAUAAUCCUUUAAUUCACAUAAAGGGAAACGUGUCUGAGGCUUAAAAUAAACAGUUUGUAAUCGAAA